AUGGCUGUCUACGGUCCGCCGACGAAGGGAACUGCUCCUAUCCUCAGCGCCGACGGUAGCACUCUCCUGACUAAGAAGACGCAAAUCCUACAACGAUGGGCCGAGCAUUUCCGGAGCGUCCUCAACCGCCUAUCCGUCAUCUCCGACGCCGCCAUCGCCCGCUUGCCGCAAGUGGAGACCAACGUGGACCUCGACCUCCCGCCAUCUCUCCAGGAGACCAUCAGGGCAGUGCAGCAACUCUCCAGCGGGAAAGCACCCGGAUCGGACGCAAUCCCUGCUGAGGUCUACAAGCACGGCGGUCCCCAACUGAUGGAUCACCUGACUGCUCUCUUCCAGGAGAUGUGGCUUCAGGAUGAAGUCCCGCAAGAUUUCAAGGACGCAACUAUCGUGCCAAGUCUGCGACAAUCACCGCGGCAUCUUCCUAUUGAACAUCGCUGGAAAGAUAUUCGCCCGCAUCCUGCUCAACCGCCUCAACAACCAUCUGGAACAUGA